CCCUUUUCCAUAUGGGUGUUGUUGGUUGUUGUGUCAGCCAGCCUUCCUCAAAGCUUUCAGUUGCACAAUAACCAGCAGUAGGAGCAGCUCUUGUUCUUCUACUUCUUCUUCGUCCUUUCGUUUCGAGUCCCCAGCAAAAAAAAUGGCAGCUGAUGGAGGAGUGCCUCAUUUCAAAGAUCCAGCUAUCAAGCUCUUCGGCAGAAAAAUUGCUCUCCCCGAUUCCCAGAUUCCGGCCAGACCUGAACUCAAGACUAAUAGCUGCAACAAAGAUGAGAAAACAAAUAUGGAAAUUGAAAGACCCUCAAGUGAAGGCAACUCUAAGGAGCCAGAUCAGUCCUCAACGUGUCAAGAAACUGCAGAGAGAGGUAACUGCGAUGGACAAGUCAAGGAGGCACAAAAUGGUUCUAAGGAUGAUCAGAUGGAGAGCAGCAGUGAUCAAGAGAAAGCCAUGAAGAAGCCAGACAAGGUGAUCCCAUGCCCUCGCUGCAACAGUUUGGAGACCAAAUUCUGCUAUUUCAACAACUACAAUGUCAACCAACCUCGGCAUUUCUGUAAGAACUGCCAGAGAUACUGGACAGCAGGUGGUACGAUGAGGAAUGUUCCUGUUGGGGCUGGACGAAGAAAGAACAAACACUUGGCCUCACAGUACCGCCAGAUAAUGGUCUCUCAUGAUGGUAUGUCUGUUACCCGGGUGGAAACUCAUGAUCAGCAGCCUCCUGAACCUGCAACUGCUUCGAUGUCUUGUUCACCCAGCAAUGGGAUGGUCCUCAAGUUUGGUCCAGAUCAAGCACCACUUUGUGAAUCGAUGCAGAACGUGAACCUUGGUGAUGGAGGAGAUACAACGUCAUGUGGGCCGCCUUCUAUGGACGAGACGCCAGAGAACGUCGAGCAUAAAAAAGAUCAAGUUGAUUCAUCAGCACAUUCCAAAGACCCAAAUAGCUCAGCAGCGCAUCAUCAUCCCAUGCAAUGCUUCCCUGUGGCACCAUUGAUUGUGCCUUGGAGUUGGAACAGUGUGGCUUCCACCGAUCCAAAUCAAGUCCAGUGGUGUCCUACUACACCUAUGUUGGCUGUACCUGGUUUCUCGCCACCUGGGGUUCCUUUGCAUUUUCUUCCUGCUUCAUAUCUAAGUUGUAUGCCCGUGUGGCCUAAUGGUUGUCACUCUCCAUCAUCUUCUAGCACAAGCUGCAGCUCAGGGAACGGAACACCAACCCUUGGCAAGCAUUGUAGGGACACGAGUCUUGAUGAUGAAGAGAAGGUGGAGAAGUCAAUAGUUAUUCCGAAGACACUUCGGAUUGACGACCCAAACGAAGCAUUGAGGAGUCCUCUGUGGUCUGCAUUAGGUCUGAAACAGGAACCGGGUGUGCUUGUGACUAAAGGUAGCAUCUUUAAGACCUUUCAGAGCAAAGGGGAAGGGAAGGUUCCUGUUCAGGAAUCUGCUCACAUACUGGAAGCUAACCCGGCUGCUCUUUCACGUUCUCAAACAUUCCAGGAGGGUAGCUAGAAUGGAUAAGGGUUCUUUUUUUUCCCCGCACCAUGGAGUUUUGCCUUACCCCACCCUCAGAAGGAGAAACUUUUCUGGCUUUAUUUAGUUUACACUUGAUGAUUUGUUCCUCCAUGAAAUAAACCGAAGGCUGUCAUUUUGUGGUUAACUCAGCCUCUUUACAGGAGCUGACUUUGUAAAUAGUAGAAGGUGAAGAGAUGGUUCUGUUGGUAUGCUUUCUUUUUCUCUCCAUGUCCAUUCUGUUGAUUCAGCAGCAAGAAAAGAAC